AUGGCUGGUCCUGAAAGUGAUGCCCAAUUCCAGUUCACUGGUAUUAAAAAGUACUUCAACUCUUACACACUCACGGGUAGAGUGAAUUGUGUUCUGGCCACAUAUGGAGGCAUUGCUUUGCUGCCCCUAUACUUCAAGUUAAGGCCUAAAAAACCACCAGCUGUGAAAGCAUCAUAACUGGGUCUUUCAAUGUCUGACCUCAUCUGUUAAGUUCCAUGCCUGAAGAAGCUGAUGUCAACUCAUCAUGUAAUAUUCAAUUUGUACAAUAAAUUAUGGACCUGG